GAGGCCGGUCGGCGCGCGCGGGGUCGGGCUAGUCGCUGACGGAGCGUCUGAGGAGAAUCUUUCUCGCCACUUAUUCCCUCUCCGCUGCCUCAGCGCACUUUCUCUCUCGGCAGCCCAGCGGAGAUGCGGGCAGCGUCGCCGGCUGCCCUGCUGGCGGCUGUGGGCGCGCUGGCGUGGCUGGGUCCGCCGCCCGGCGACUUCUCUCAAGGCGGCUCGGCGAUGAUGGCCUCCGCACAGUCUGUGUGGACGGCGUGGCUGAACGUGUCGUACAGACAUCCCGGCAGUAACGAGACCUUCCGGACGUUGGGCGAGAGCGGAGUCUUCGGGCAGGACUCGCCUCUGCGCCGGGUGGCCGGGCUUCUGGUGGCGCCCGACAGGCCUGACGGCCUCAACGCCUGCAGCCCCCAAACCAACUUCAGCCAGGCUCCUGCCAGCGGCCCCUGGCUCGCUCUCAUCCAGCGCGGCGGAGGCUGCACUUUCUCCGAGAAGAUCCGCGUGGCCGCCGAGCACAGAGCCGUCGCCGCAGUCAUCUACAACUACGCUGGCGGGACAGGCAACGAUGUGCAGCCCAUGACCCACCCGGGUACAGGAGAGACGGUUGCUAUUAUGAUCAGCAAUCAUAAAGGCAGAGAAAUCCUUAACAGGAUGAAGGAUGGCUUCCAAGUGACCCUGGUUAUUGAAGUAGGGAAAAAGCAUGGAUCAUGGAUGAACAGCUAUUCCAUCUUCUUUGUUUCUGUGUCCUUCUUCAUUGUAACAGCAGCCACAGUGGGGUACUUCAUAUUUUAUUCUGCUCGAAGACUUAGACUUGCAAGGGCUCAGAACAGGAGACAGAGACAGCUGAAAGCAGAUGCCAAAAAGGCUAUUGGACAGCUUCAGAUACGUACCCUGAAACAAGGAGAUAAGGAAACUGGUCCUGAUGGAGAUAACUGUGCUGUGUGUAUUGAAGUGUACAAACCAAAUGAUGUCGUACGAAUAUUGACAUGCAAUCAUCUUUUCCACAAGAGCUGUAUUGACCCAUGGCUGCUGGAACACAGGACUUGUCCCAUGUGUAAAUGUGACAUACUCAAGGCUCUGGGAAUUGAGGUGGACAUAGAAGACAGAGUAGAAUCUUUCCCAGCUACAGUGUCCAAUGAAGCCUCUAACAUCCCUUCUGUUAAUGAAGAUAAUCGUAGUGAGACUGCAUCGUCUGGGUAUGCUUCUGUACAGGGAACAGAUGAGCCAGCUAUUGAGGAACCCGCUCCUUCUGAGAGUGACAGUCUCCGUCUUGUGAAUAACACAUCCCAACUUCCAGCUAUAGAUGUGCUUCCACACCUUGACAAUCCAGGUUUUGAGGCAGAUGAAAUGCAGGCACAAGAUGCGAAGUCCUAAAUGGCUGUUGUAACAAUCCUGCUAGCUGCUUGUCAUACCAGCAUCAAACCACAUCAACUCUGAUAAAGCUACUGUAGCAGCAAUGUUGCCUUGAUAUUGAGAUAAAAUACAUGAUUUAAGAUUGUAGUUACAUGGAAUGACCUGCCCACUAAGUUUAACUUUAUUUUUUCUGCUAGUAUUAAUUUUAGUAGUCUUCAAAUAUAGCUCUUUCUUUACAGCAAAAGCAAGGAAGAAAGUCCUUACACCUAUCCAUCUGAGCAUAACCACUGUUUCAUGUGGUGGAACUUCAUUAAGCCUACAGAAAUAUAGUGUAUCUUUUUUUUUAAAGAGUCUCCUGGUUUUUAAGUUAACUGUCUUAAUUUGCUUUAGUUUAAGCAAGCACUAGAGUGUUUCUUUCAGAUUCAUUCUGGGCUAACAUCCCCUUUUAUAUAACUGACAGGGGGCCCUUAUUUUUAAUGCAGUCCCCAUUGCAGAAACCAACUAAUAUCUAGAACCAAACAUAUCUGUCACUGGCAGAACCCUACAUCUAUUUCACCUGAGUUUUGGGGAAUGAGAGGUCAUAUGUUUUAAACCUGCGUAUCUUACAGGAAAACAGCUGUUUUUAAGACAUUACUGAUUUCCCCCCAAAUUACUUUGAACUGCUUUUAGUUUUCAAGUGGUGCAAAGACUUCCUUAGCCCAGAAACUAGCCCCAUUCUAAAUAAACUGCUGCUGUCAGCUUUGUCAGAAGCUGAAUCUCUGUCAGAGGGGAUUUUUGUUGCUGCUUUUUUGAAGGAACAAUUGGAUAAAGAAUGACACCCAAAGAAUGCUGCUGAUAUGAGAAGCUAGCUAAAUUGGCAAUUAAUGGGUAAACUACUUCUAAAAUUGCUUAUUUAAUUAUGUGUGUGAUGGGGAAUCGGGUUUGAGCGGAAAAGGAAACAUGGGGUGCCUUAGCAUGGACUCUGCAACCUCAUCCACCAAAAUGAAUUACUACAUCAUCUAAUGCACUUUAUUUUAUUUUAUUGUUUUGCAUCUUCUGUGGUUUUUGUUUCUAAUUACAACCAUUAGCACAAAUUUGGCGCAAAAAACAGUAAUGUGUUUAACUUUUCACUUGAAUCUAACAGGAGAAAACAAUAUAUUUUCUGCUUCGUUUUUGCAUAGUAUGUGAUAAAGUUGUAAAUAUUUGAUUUCUAUUAAAAAAUCUUUGAAUACAGAAUGUAAAUAAAGCUAUUCUAAUGCCUGUUUAGGAUGUUCACUUAUUUUUGAUAAUAAAAGCAGUUGUGUACAAAA